UUGUACAGGGUGAUAAGCAUGGAUCGAUCUGCAUUCCUCUACCUCCAGUUGAACCAGCACCAUUUGCUGAAAAUGCUAUCUUUUUUCCAUUGGAUGGUUUUGGCUCCUUUGUCAAAAAUCAAGUGACCAUAGGUGUGUGGGUUCAUUUCUGGGUCUUCAAUUCUAUUCCAUUGGUCUAUCUGUCUGUCUCUGUACCAAUACCAUGCAGUUUUUAUCACUAUUGCUUUGUAAAAUUGCUUGAGUUCAGGGAUAGUGAUUCCCCCUGAAGUCCUUUUAUUGUUGAGGAUAGUUUUAGCUAUCCUGGGUUUUUUGUUAUUCCAGAUGAAUUUGCAAAUUGUUCUGUCUAACUCUUUGAAGAAUUGGAUUGGUAUUUUGAUGGGGAUUGCAUUGAAUCUGUAGAUCGCUUUUGGUAAAAUGGCCAUUUUUACUAUAUUAAUCCUGCCAAUCCAUGUGCAUGGGAGAUCUUUCCAUCUUCUGAGGUCUUCUUCAAUUUCUUUCUUCACUGUCUUGAAGUUCUUAUUGUACAGAUCUUUUACUUGCUUGGUUAAAGUCACAGCGAGGUACUGUAUAUUAUUUGGGUCUAUUAUGAAGGGUGUCGUUUCCCUAAUUUCUUUCUCGGCUUGUUUCUCUUUUGUGUAGAGGAAGGCUACUGAUUUAUUUGAGUUAAUUUUAUACCCAGCCACUUUGCUGAAGUUGUUUAUCAGCUUUAGUAGUUCUCUGGUGGAACUCUUGGGAUCACUUAAAUAAACUAUCAUAUCAUCUGCAAAUAGUGAUAUUUUGACUUCUUCUUUUCUGAUCUGUAUCCCCUUAACCUCCUUUUGUUCUCUGAUUGCUCUGGCUAGAACGUCAAGAACUAUAUUGAAUAAGUAGGGAGAGAGUAGGCAGCCUUGUCUAGUCCCUGAUUUUAGUGGGAUUGCUUCAAGUUUCUCUCCAUUUAGUUUAAUGUUAGCAACUGGUUUGCUGUAUAUGGCUUUUACUAUGUUUAGGUAUGGGCCUUGAAUUCCUAUCCUUUCCAGGACUUUUAUCAUGAAGGGGUGUUGAAUUUUGUCAAAUGCUUUCUCAGCAUCUAAUGUAAGGAUCAUGUGGUUUUGUUCUUUCAGUUUGUUUAUAUAAUGGAUCACGUUGAUGGUUUUCCGUAUAUUAAACCAUCCCUGCAUGCCUGGGAUGAAGCCUACUUGAUCAUGGUGGAUGAUUGUUUUGAUGUGCUCUUGGAUUCGGUUUGCCAGAAUUUUAUUGAGUAUUUUUGGGUCGAUAUUCAUAAGGGAAAUUGGUCUGAAGUUCUCUUUCUUUCUUGGGUCUUUGUGUGGUUUAGGUAUAAGAGUAAUUGUGGCUUCAUAGAAGGAAUUUGGGAGUGAUCCAUCUGUUUCAAUUUUGUGGAAUAGUUUGGAUAAUAUUGGUAUGAGGUCUUCUAUGAAGGUUUGAUAGAAUUCUGCACUAAACCCGUCUGGACCUGGGCUCUUUUUGGUUGGGAGACCUUUAAUGACUGCUUCUAUUUCCUUAGGAGUUAUGGAGUUGUUUAACUGGUUUAUCUGUUCCUGAUUUAACUUCGGUACCUGGUAUCUGUCUAGGAAAUUGUCCAUUUCCUGUAGAUUUUCAAGUUUUGUUGAAUAUAGGCUUUUAUAGUAAGAUCUGAUGAUUUUUUGAAUUUCCUCUGAAUCUGUAGUUAUGUCUCCCUUUUCAUUUCUGAUUUUGUUAAUUUGGACACAUUCUCUGUGUCCUCUCGUUAGUCUGGCUAAGGGUUUAUCUAUCUUGUUGAUUUUCUCAAAGAACCAACUUUUGGUUCUGUUGAUUCUUUCUAUGGUCCUUUUUGUUUCUACUUGGUUGAUUUCAGCUCUGAGUUUGAUUAUUUCCUACCUUCUACUCCUCCUGGGUGUAUUUGCUUCUUUUUGUUCUAGAGCUUUUAGGUGUGCUGUCAAGCUGCUGACAUAUGCUCUUUCCUGUUUCUUUCUGCAGCCACUCAGCGCUAUGAGUUUUCCUCUUACCACAGCUUUCAUUGUGUCCCAUAAGUUUGGGUAUGUUGUACCUUAAUUUUCAUUAAAUUCUAGAAAGUUUUUAAUUUCUUUCUUUAUUUCUUCCUUGACCAGGUUAUCAUUGAGUAGAGCAUUGUUCAAUUUCCACGUAUAUGUGGGCAUUCUUCCCUUAUUGUUAUUGAAGAGCAGUUUUAGGCCGUGGUGGUCAGAUAGCACGCAUGGGAUUAUUUCUAUCUUUCUGUACCUGUUGAGGCCCGUUUUUUGGCCAAUUAUAUGGUCAAUUUUGGAGAAAGUACCAUGAGGAACUGAGAAGAAGGUAUAUCCUUUUGCUUUAGGAUAGAAUGUUCUAUAAAUAUCCGUUAAGUCCAUUUGGCUCAUGACUUCUCUUAGUCUGUCUACGUCUCUGUUUAAUUUCUGUUUCCAUUAUCUGUCCAUUGAUGAGAGUGGGGUGUUGAAAUCUCCUACUAUUAUUGUGUGAGGUGCAAUGUGUGUUUUGAGCUUUAGUAAGGUUUCUUUUACGUAUGUAGGUGCCCUUGUAUUUGGGGCAUAGAUAUUUAGGAUUGAGAGUUCAUCUUAGUGGAUUUUCCCUUUGAUGAAUAUGAAGUGUCCUUCCUUAUAUUUUUUGAUGAAUUUUAGUUGAAAAUUGAUUUUAUUUGAUAUUACAAUGGCUACUCCAGCUUGCUUCUUCCGACCAUUUGCUUGGAAAGUUGUUUUCCAGCCUUUCACUCUGAGGUAGUGUCUGUCUUUUUCUCUGAGGUGUGUUUCCUGUAGACAGCAGAAUGUAGGGUCCUCGUUGCAUAUCCAGUUUGUUAAUCUAUGUCUUUUUAUUGAGGAGUUGAGUCCAUUGAUGUUGAGAGAUAUUAAGGAAUAGUGAUUAUUGCUUCCUGUUAUAUUCAUAUUUGGAUGUGAGGUUAUAUUUGUGUGCUUUUCUUCUCUUUGUUUUGUUGCCAAGACGAUUAGUUUCUUGCUUCUUCUAGGGUAUAGCUUGCCUCCUUAUGUUGGGCUUUACCAUUUAUUAUCCUUUGUAGUGCUGGAUUUGUAGAAAGAUAUUGUGUAAAUUUGGUUUUGUCAUGGAAUAUCUUGGUUUCUCCAUCUAUGUUAAUUGAGAGUUUUGCAGGAUACAGUAACCUGGGCUGGCAUUUGUGUUCUCUUAGGGUCUGUAUGACAUCAGUCCAGGAUCUUCUGGCCUUCAUAGUUUCUGGCUAGAACUCUGGUGUGAUUCUGAUAGGUCUGCCUUUAUAUGUUACUUGACCUUUUUCCCUUACUGCUUUUAAUAUUCUUUCUUUAUUUUGUGCGUUUGGUGUUUUGACUAUUAUGUGACGGGAGGUGUUUCUUUUCUGGUCUAAUCUAUUUGGAGUUCUGUAGGCUUCUUGUAUGCCUAUGGGUAUCUCUUUUUUUAGGUUAGGGAAGUUUUCUUCUAUGAUUUUGUUGAAGAUAUUUACUGGUCCUUUGAGCUGGGAGUCUUCACUCUCUUCUAUACCUAUUAUCCUUAGGUUUGAUCUUCUCAUUGAGUCCUGGAUUUCCUGUAUGUUUUGGACCAGUAUCUUUUUCUGCUUUACAUUAUCUUUGACAGUUGAGUCAAUGAUUUAUAUGGAAUCUUCUGCUCCUGAGAUGCUCUCUUCCAUCUCCUGUAUUCUGUUGGUGAAGCUUGUAUCUACAGCUCCUUGUCUCUUAUUUUGCUUUUCUAUAUCCAGGGUCGUUUCCAUGUGUUCUUUCUUGAUUGCUUCUAUUUUCAUUUUUAAUUCCUUCAACUGUUUGAUUGUGUUUUCCUGGAAUUCUUUCAGGGAUUUUUGUGAUUCCUCUCUAUGGGCUUCUACUUGUUUAUUAAUGUUUUCCUGUGUUUCUCUAAGGGAGUUCUUCAUGUCUUUCUUGAGGUCCUCCAGCAUCAUGAUCAAAUACGAUUUUGAAGCUAGAUCUUGCUUUUCUGGUGUGUUUGGAUAUUUCAUGUUUGUUUUGGUGGAGAAUUGGGCUCCGAUGAUGCCAUGUAGUCUUGGUUUCUGUUGCUUGGGUUCCUGUGCUUGCCUCUCGCCAUCAGAUUAUCUCUAGUGUUACUUUGUUCUGCUAUUUCUGACAGUGGCUAGACUGUCCUAUAAGCCUGUGUGUCAGGAGUGCUGUAGACCUGUUUUCCUGUUUUCUUUCAGCCAGUUAUGGGGACAGAGUGUUCUGCUUUCAGACGUGUAGUUUUUCCUCUCGACAGGUCUUCAGCUGUUCCUGUGGGCCUUUGUCUUGAGUUCACCAGGCAGGUCACUUGCAGCAGAAAAGUUGGUCUUACCUGUGGUCCGGAGGCUCAAGUUUGCUCGCGGGGUGCUGCCCAUGAGCUCUCUGCGGCGGCAGCAACCAGGAAGAUCUGCGCUGCCCUUUCCGGGAGCUUCCGUGCCCCAGGGUUCCAGAUGGCGUUUGGUGUUUUCCUCUGGCGUCUGAGAUGUAUGUGCAGAGUGCAGUCUCUUCUGGUUUCCCAGGCGUGUCUGCCUCCUACUUCUUACUAUUUUAUGCUUGUCUAUGUUGCUGAAUACCUGAAUAUCCAUAUCUGCCUAUGGCAGUUGUGAUGGUUCGUGUUGCUUGUCAACCUAACACAAUCUAGAAUCACCUGGGAAGUAAGUCUCAACUGAUGGUCUAUGUAAACUGGGUUGACCUGUGGGCAUGCAUGUCUAUGGAAGAUCUUCCUGAUUAUGUUAACUAGGGUAGGAAGGUCAACCCAUUGUGUACAGCACUGAGAGAGGUGGAGGUAGGGCAGUUUUACCAGGACAGUUUUAGACAGACUGUCUAGAAUCAGGCGAAGACCGAGUGAAAUGAAGGAAUGAAUGAAAAGAAUGCAGAAAAUUAGAACUUACUGCCAAAGUUAGUAUGAGUCUAAGCAGAGCAAUUUACACAGAAGUUGAGAGAAAAUAGAUUGAAUCAGUCAGUUUGGAAGAUUACAUUGAAUGGAGACUAGAAGCUUCCAGCUCUAGGCCUAGGGAUGGUUAGAAAUGUUCUGGGCUCAGAACAAGCCACUUAUUCAUGCAAUUUAUAAGCCAAAGGGAAAAAAAAAUACCUCUACUGUCCUUUGUGUUUGUUUGACUGGUUAUUUUACCAUAUCAAGACAUAAUGAGGGACUACAUAAAUGGCUCAAUAGUUAAGAGCAUAUAAUGAAUGCUCUUACAAAGGACCCAAGUUCAAUUCUCAGAACUUAUAUUUGGAAGUCACAGCUAUCUUAACUACAUGCACCACUCCCCCCUGCCCCACCACCCACCUCAGCAUGGUUUAAGAAUAUUGGGCUUUUAUUUUCUUCUAUUAAUAUUACAGAAGAAAUAUGAAAGGUGAGGCCAGGUUUUCUAAGCAAUGUAAAAAAAAUAGGUAUUUCUAAUCACUGUGAUAUAUCUACAAUUACAAGAACAGUUAAAGCAUUGGUUUGAAAAAACAUGUCUUCUAAGUUCAGAGAAACAUCCAAAACACUUCUGGUCUCCACAGGCACCUGCACUCACAUGCACCCCCACCCCAUGUGUGUGUGUAUAUAUAAUUAUAUAUAUAUAUAUAUGUGUGUAUAUAUAUAUAUAUAUAUUUGAAAGUAGUAAAAAUAAUCUUUUCUAAAAAUGGAAAUACAAGUAGGGCAGAAAUUGGUAUAGAGAACAGGGCCAUUGCUGUGCAACUUUGGGAACUGUUUUGAAAGGAAAUGUAGAAGUCUUUAGGACUUUGGGCUAAAAAAGCAUUGAGUGCCAUGAGGCUGUUCUUAUGGGAGCUUAAAAGAUAAGACUACUGAGAGGUAUGUGAAUAGUGAAGGCCUGGCUCACAAGGUCUCAGAGAACAAUGACACUACUAGAAACUUGGAUAGGCCAUUUGUGUGAUAUUUUGUACAAAAUACUGGCUGCUUGAGUUAGGUUAGCACUUAAAGAGUUAGCAGUUACCUUUGUAGAGCAUCUGGGUUUGAUUCCCAGCACCCACAUGGUGGCUCACAAUCAUCUGUAACUCUAGUUCCAAGGGACCCAACAUCCUUCUGAUUUGAGGGCAACAAGCAUACACACGUCUGAUAUACAUACAUGCAUGCAAAACACUCAUAUACAUAAAGUAAUUAAAUAAAUCUAAAAAAAAAAAACCUGACUACUUUCUGCCUAUGUCCUAAGAACUUGGAUAGGGUUAAGUUUGAGGGUAAUAGACUGAUUUGUUUGGCAGAAGAAACACCAAGACAGUCUCUCUCCAUCAUCUUGGUGCCUUUGGAGGCCUGCUGGGAACAAGACUUAAAAAAAAAAAAAAGCAAAACAAAACAAAAAAAAUAAAACCAACAAGUAUGUCUGGAAGGCUAUGGUGCAAGGCCAUUUUUGCUGCCUACAAGCGAGGCCUCAGGAACCAAAGAGAGCACACGACUCUUCUUAAAAUUGAAGGUGUUUAUGCCCGAGAUGAAACUGAGUUCUACUUAGGCGAGAGGUGUGCUUAUGUGUACAAAGCAAAAAACAAUACAGUGACUCCUGGAGGCAAACCAAACAAAACCAGAGUGAUCUGGGGAAAAGUAACUCGGGCCCAUGGAAACAGUGGCAUGGUUCGUGCCAAAUUCCGAAGCAACCUUCCUGCUAAGGCCAUUGGACACAGAAUCCGUGUGAUGCUGUACCCAUCCCGGAUUUAAACUAGUAGAGAGUAAAUAAAUAAAAGUAGAUUUGUGAAACAAAGUAAAAAAAAGAAACACCAAGACAGAAUGGUGUUCAGAUUAGUGGUAAGAAAACUGCUAUAAUUGUUAAAGAGAUCAGCAUAACAUGGGAUGUGAAAUUGCUGAAUGGGAUGUGAAUAGUAUUUUUUUAGGAUAAGUCCAGAGAAAAUGGUACAAGUGUGGCUCACAGGAGUAAAACUAGCAGCACAACUAGAAAUGUUGUAUGUACCAUCCACAUAGUACUGGUUUUGUAGGCAUAAAAAAGGCAAGACAGAGGGGUCGUGGAGAAAUAUCUAAGGACAAAUAUGUGGCAGAAACCGAGACCCUGCAGACAAGCCUUAAAAGGACAGUAAGUAAAGCAAAGGAAGUGAAGGUUCAGUUGCAACUGAGGCCCAGAGAUGUUAGAGAAGCCAGGACCAUGAGAUGCUCUCCAAGGAGAACUAAUGACGCUUGAGUAUACCUAUGGGAGAGUUUGUGUGCCGAGGUAGGGAGUUGGAGGGUUGGGAUGAGUCAAGCCCUUUUGGAAACUAGCCAACUGCAUUAUGGACACUAAAUGCUGACCAUGGAGCUGCAGAAUUUGUUUUUUUUUCCCAUUUUGCUUUGGUAGAUUAUUUAAUGUCUCAGUUCUUCCAUUUAAAAAUAACAGAUAUUUUCCCUGUGCUAUUAUAUGUUGGAAGUAUAACUAGUUCUUUAGUUUACAAAAGUGCACAGUUAAGAGAUAUUAGAUUUUUUAUUGGAUAUUUUUUAUUUACACCUCAAACGUUAUCCCCUUUCCCGGUUUCCCAACCAUAAACCCCCUAUCCAAUCCCCCCUCCCCUUCUUCCAUGAGGGUGUUACCACUUCCCCAACCACCCACCCCUUCCCACCUCCCCACCCUGAUAUCUCCCUACACUGAGGGGGUCCAGUCUUGGCAAGACCAAGGGCUUCUCCUCCCAUUGGCACCCAAGAAGGCCACCUUCUGCUACAUAUGCAGUUGGAGCCAUGGGUCUGUCCAUGUGUGCUCUUUGUGUAGUGUUUUAGUCCCUGGGAGCUCUGGUUGGUUGGUAUUGUUGUUCUUAUUGGGUUGCAAGCCCCUUCAGUUCCUUCAAUCCUUUCUCUAACUCCUCCAAUGGGGACCCCAUUAUAAGUUCAAUGGUUUGUGGCUAGCAUUCGCCUCUGUAUUUGUCAGGCUCUGGUAGAGUCUCUCAGGAGACAGGUAUAUCAGAUUCCAAGAUAUUGGAUUUUUAAGUGUUAGGUUUUGUAUAUACUAUAAAGACUUUUAAAGCUAGCCAACAGUUUAUAUCAUGUGGUAAAUACGAGACUUUGGGAACUAACUCUAUUUUUUCUACUAACACUUCAUUCAAAAUUAUCUCUUAUCUAAUUACUCAAACACUCAGGAUUACUUAUCUUUUCCAUUAUUACUUAUAACUGACAACUAAAAAUUAUUUUUUUCAAGGCUUUCAACUCAUUCAUUCAUCCACUAUUUCUAAAUUUUUCCUGUGACAUUAGAACUUCUACAUAACUAAAAAGGUUAAAUAGUCAUAAUCAGGUAGUUUCAACAAAUAGGUACACAGUAAAGUGAGUAAAUACUAAAGAACUAAGAAGUUAUACGGGAAGAGUACCUACUGUAAAGAAAGGGAGAAUGAGGGUUGGGGAUUUGGCUCAGUGGAAGAGCGCUUGCCUAGUGAGCGCAAGGCCCUGGGUUCGGUCCAAAAAAAAAAAAAAAAGAAAAGAAAAGAAAAAAAAAAGAAAAGAAAAGAAAAAAGAAA